AUUUGCGCGCCACUGGUAUUCUCACCAAACUUUACACAAAACUGUUCCAUUAAAAUCUGUGUAAAGAGCGUAAUUUGGCACUUUAUUUGUGUUAUUUAUGUCAGUUUGUACUUUACUUGCGUUUUACUUGAGCUUUACUACAAGCAGCUCGUGGAGCAGACCUUAUAUGUAAUGCAAAAAGAUCAACAUUUUUUUGCUAAAUCUAUAUCAGGUAAGUUUAUACGUCAUUUGUAGCACGGCGAACUCAAGUUGACAGUUUCAUUUCCAAUUGUUCUUAAUUGCGUGGCCAUACGGUGUUGUGUUUGUUUUGUCAAAAUUGAGCUACGCGUCAAUGAUAUCAUGGAAAGAUUUGUUAUGUUUGUUUGAUGUAGGCAAUUGUAUUUAUCCCACUACAAAAUUCACGUACUGUGAUAGGCUUAGUUCGUUAAAAAAACGUUUGAAUCUUAAUGUGUCAAUUUGAAGACAAUGAACGACGUCGCCAGUGCACAAAGUGAAAAUGAAAAUCUGCGCAAAAUUCACAUUCGGCUUUUGCAGUGGGACACAAAAAACAACCCAUUGGUUGAGUUGGAUGCACAGCAGGAUGAAUUAAUCGAAACACUAUUUAAUGCUUGGCGAGAUGAUAAUAAAACGUUGGAUGAAAUCUCUGCUACAGAGAAAGACAUCUCGGAAGUAGAUGGCGAUGUGAAAUUCUCCUUCAUAAGUCCAUCCUACAAAGAGUUGACCACAAAGAACUCAUAUUGCAUAUCUAAUUCUAACGAUUUCAUGUUGUGGUACAAUCGUGUGUAUGCAGAAAUUUGUGAUUAUCGUGAUACUUCUUUUCACCGCUACUUGCAACAGUUGCAGCUACUGAGCGCAGAAUGUUGCAAUAUGUUAGAGCAAAUAAAUGACGCAACGCAUCAAUUGGACACACUAAGUGGUGAAUAUGAAUUUGUGUUUGAAAAGACAAACAAUUUGAACUCUACAAGCGAGCAGUUAAUCGAUGAGCAAAAAAAGUGUCAGGACCUAAGCGAUGAGAUUCAACGAAGAUUGCGGUAUUUCACACAAGUGGAACUGUUGCAAAAACGCUUGCUUAGUCCCACACUGUCUGUGGCGAGUGAGGUCUUUCGAGAUUGUCUUGAUCGCAUUGACGAAUGCUUAGAAUACUUGCAACAGAAUCCGAAAUUUAAAGAUUCUGCAAUGUUUGUAAUAAAGUAUAAGCAUUGCUUAUCAAAAGCCAUAACUUUAAUAAAGAGCUAUGUCAUAGCAGUUUUGACACAAGCGACUGAUGCUACCUUACAUCCAAAGCAGUCGCAGUUGCCCGUAAAUGAAGUAGCGGCAAUAACAACACCUGAUACUGCUUUUGCACUCUACUAUGGCAAGUACCAAACUUCAGCUGCGAAAAUUAAGCGUGUUACUCUGUUGAUUGAAGGACGUGUUGAGCAAAGUGUGGAAUAUGAGCAACUACUGAAUGAACUGCAGCAAGCGUACUUUAAUGAACGAGCCAGCAUUAUGUCACCUGCUGUAAGCAGCGCUAUUAAAGAUUUAAAAACCACACAUAAAGGAGAUCAUUGCUCUAUGAUGCGCAGCGCGUGUGGGUUCCUAGUCUAUGUCUGUCAAGACGAACAUCGUUUGUAUUACCAGUUUUUCUCCAAAGGCAAUGAACAGUUUAGGACUUAUUUGGAGGGUCUUUGCACCAUUUUAUAUGAUACGUUGCGUCCUUAUGUAAUACAUAUAAAUCAUUUAGAAACUUUGGCAGAAGUGUGUUCAAUUCUGAGGAUUGAAAUGCUAGAGGAACAUGUACAACAAAAUCCUGAACCUUUGGAAGCUUUUGCUAAUACUGUACAUCAACUUUUGCAAGAUGUACAGGAACGCCUGGUAUUUCGUGCACAUCUAUAUUUACAGUCUGAUAUAUUAAAUUACAGUCCCUCAGCUGGUGACUUAGCAUAUCCAGAGAAGCUAGAAAUGAUGGAGAGCAUAGCAUUAUCACUUCAAGAAGCUCAACACUUACGUAGGUCUGACUCAAGAUCAUCUCUGAUUUCUACAGCCUCAAGCGCCUUCGACACUGAAAGUGUGGACACUGCUUAUCGCCAAAGGAGCACUAAUUCGCCAGCCGACUUGCACGGCAUGUGGUAUCCGACAGUACGUCGCACCUUAGUUUGCCUCUCACGCUUGUAUAGAUGCAUUGACCGUCCUAUAUUUCAAGGUCUUUCACAAGAGGCAAUAAAGCUAUGUAUAGAAAGCAUAGCUUCUGCUAGAAAUAAAAUAUCGGCGAACAAGACAGUCAUCGACGGUGAGCUCUUCGAAAUCAAACAUUUACUAAUACUUCGUGAACAAAUAGCACCGUUCCGUGUUGACUUCACCGUAAAGGAGACCUCAUUAGAUUUUAGUAAAGUCAAAACUGCUGCCUUUGGCUUAUUACAGAAACGCAAGCAAUUGUUUUCCAUGGGCAGCAAUAACGCCUUACUUGAGUUUCUAUUGGAAGGUACACCUCAAAUAAAAGAACAUUUGCUAGACUCUCGCAAAGAAGUUGAUCGACAGCUCAAGAGCAUUUGCGAAGAGUUCAUUAGAAAUGCCGUUAAAUUGUUAGUUGGUCCAGUUCUGGCAUUUCUGGAUAAAGCACUAGAACUCACUGCUGACACAAAAACUGAUAACGACAAAUCUAAAUACAUUUUGCGUCAAACUAGCUGGGCCAGUCCACAGCAUAUCAGCGUUACAGUGCAGGAGAGUCAACGUUUGAUUAAAAGCAAAUUAGCCGGGCUACAGAGAUCGAUGCAGUUGUACCUGAGCAAUCGUGAUACGGAGUUUAUCAUAUUUCGCCCAAUACGCAAUAACGUCAUGCAAGCUUUUGUGAAAUUGGAACAAUUGCUGACCACAAAUGGUUACUCAUCUGAUGACCUGAUUAUCACUAGUUGUCCGUCACCUGAACAAGUCUCUAUUCUAUUGUCAAGUGCCAGCAUUUUAGCAGCUGAAGGCCUUGCUAACUUCUCGCAUGUGCCGCGCAAAAUAAGCACAUCUUCGAAUGAGAGCAACAACCCAAGCCAUGCGACAUCGUCUAUGACUCGCAAAUCAAUUUUAGAGAAAAAAAAUAAUUCUGAGAGUUCUGCUGCAACAAUAGAGAAUGUACCAGAAAUUUCAGAGUCUGACGCAAGCUCAACGACUAUGCCCGCUUCGCCUGACCGAACUUCUGAAAUUGAAAAAGUAUAAUAUUCCAGACAAAACAGGUGUCAUAAUUACCUAUCAAUAUAUAUUUCUGUAUUCACUUAUAUAAUAUCGUUAUUGUUAUUAUUUAUAUAAUCAAUAUAAAAAUAUUUAAUUAUUUUUUUAACCAAAUUAUGCUUCUAUUUUAUUUGGGAAAUAUUCCU